AUGCAGAUAAGGCAGCCUGGAGACGGGAACCCGGCCCCCUCCCGCCAGGCCCUGCUGGACCCAGCGCCGCCUUCUUCUCCCAGUCCUCGGUCGCCUCGGGCGGGGAUCUGUGCCCCGGAGCUCAAAGCCUGACGCGAUCCCCCCCUCUCCCAUUCCCCCCCCCCCCCACCUCCCACCACCCAGUCCCUGGCGGCGAUGAGACAGAGCGGCGCCUCCCAGCCCCUGCUGAUCAACAUGUACCUGCCAGAUCCCGUCGGAGACGGUCUUUUCAAAGAAGGAAAGAGCCCGGGCUGGGGACCGCUGAGCCCCGCGGUACAGAAAGGCAGCGGCCAGAUCCAGUUAUGGCAGUUUCUGCUGGAGCUGCUGGCUGACCGCGCCAACGCCGGCUGCAUCGCCUGGGAGGGCGGCCACGGCGAGUUCAAACUCACCGACCCGGACGAGGUGGCGCGGCGCUGGGGCGAGCGCAAGAGCAAGCCCAACAUGAACUACGAUAAGCUGAGCCGCGCGCUGCGCUAUUACUACGACAAGAACAUCAUGAGCAAGGUGCACGGCAAGCGCUACGCCUACCGCUUCGACUUCCAGGGUCUGGCGCAGGCCUGCCAGCCGCCCCCCGCGCACGCCCACGCCGCCGCCGCCGCGGCCGCCGCGGCCAUCGGCAUGUCCCCCUGGAACUGCGACAACGCGGCCACCGCCGCCGCCGCCACCGCCAUGCUCUGGGAGGGUAACCUCCCCUUCUGCGCCUGCCUCUCCCCUCCGGGCUUGCGGCUGCAAACCUCCUUCUCGCGGGUGGCGCGCGCCCUCUGCUGGUCUGAGGAAGAUAAACCAGAGCCGGGUUCUGCAGCUAAGCUGAGGAUCCGACCAAAUCCAAACGCCGAGGCCUCUGGCAUCCUGGCCUCCACCUUCCCCUGCGGGGCAGGGGCGGCUCCUCCUCCGGCCACGGCGCGGAGCGGCGGUAGCAGCGGCGGCGGCUUGAUGGUCCUGGGGGCUCCGAGUGUGUGUUAG